AAUUCCCCUUUUUGUUUUUGUUUUUCUAUGUAUAUGAUUUCAUUCUUCUCUUUGAUUUUUUUUCCUGCUGUAACAUGAUUGUGGUGUAUUAAUCAAUGAGUUAUACAGUCUCUCGUAUAUGAUAUAAAAAGACAUAUAUACAAGUUGAUGGAUCACUAAUGCUUCUUUGUUUUUUCUUCCCAUCCGCCUAAGCCUUGGUGGCCGGUAGAGUUAUCCGGUGCCUGUACUCAUAGAAUACUCCCUCCGCCUCAUAUUAUUUGUGGUUAUUCUCUUUUACACGCUCCUUAAAAAUAUUAAUUAGGAGGAGUUUUUAACUAUUUUAUAAUUAAUUUUUUCUUAAACUUCCAAAACGACGAAUAAUUUGGGAAAACUAUUUUUAGGAAUCACCACAUAUAAUUUGGAACGGAGGGAGUAGGAGAUAGCAAAAACACAAGAAAAUAGUUUGAGACACCUUUUUAUAAAAGAGUUUCGUAAGCAAUGUUUUAGGUUGGAUGCUAGAAUUUCGUUACAUGGUAUUCAUUUUAAUUUUGUAUUAAUAUGAACCCAAUUCGGGUGAUAGAGAAGGAUGUUGAGUUAUGUGGCAAAAUGAGCUAAAAGAGACAUUUGAGAAUGGAACGAAGGAUAAGGGAUUUCAUUUUAUUUUCUUAUUUCACAAGUUUGAUUAAGUUUAAGUGGGGCUGAAUUAAAAUAUUUAACAACUUAGGGUAAAAAAAUUAAAACAUUGUAAUAAAUCCAACUAAACCCAAACAAAAAUUACCCGUUUCCCCAUUUCUCCUCUCUUCUCUUCUCUGCUCUUCUCUCUAUUCUCUCAGCUUUUUCCUUUUUAACCCACUUUUUUCUUACUGGUUGCUCCUUCAAGAACGCUCUUUCUCUGCAAAUUCAAGUUUUUUGAGAUAAAAUGGAAAAGAAAAAUUAAAGAGUUUAUAAAAGAAGGCCUAGAAAAAAGGAUUGGCCAACGGAAGAGGAGUUUGCUUCUGCUGGAGAAACAGAUAGGUUUCCACAAGCUCAGGUAAAAGAAGAAUUGACCUCAUCAGCUCAUGGUUCAGUUAGAGAAGAUAAAAGUGCAGAAGAUGAGCAAUACAUAGAUCAGAAAGAAGAAAAUGAAAGUAGAAAAGAAAGUGCAGAAGAUGAGGAAUCAACGCAUCAGGAAGAUGAAAAUGAAAGUGGAAAAGAAAGUGCAAAAGAUGAGGAAUCAACGCAUCAGGAAGAACAAAAUGAAAGUGGAGAAGAAAAUGUAGAAGAUGAGAAAUCAACGGAUUAACAAGAAUAAAAUGAAAGUGGAGAAGAAAGGGAAGAAGAAACAAAUCAUGAUGUACUUUUCAAACAAAGAAAAAAAGUAUUACAUGAUGAGAAUGCUGCCCCUUCAAGAUCAAAUUUUGCUGAUGAUUCUGAUACUGAGGUUCCCGAAUGCAUCAAGUCCAUUGAUCUUACAAAAUAUAACUUCAAGACACAUUAUUCCAUACACGCUGACUUUCCGGGAAAGAUUUUUAUAAAGUCACCUCUAGGAGGAAAAGCAUUUGGUGAAUUCAGAGGAGUUCUGGUAGAACAAUGUAUUUUAGAUAGGUUCAAAAAAAGUUGUUUUGGGCAUUUUCUUGAUAUUCCAAUGCAGCGAGUGAAUUUCGAGUCGCUGAUAGUUCAUGGUCUUUUACUCUGACGUAUCAUUUGUGAGAAAAAAUGGAGUUGUGGUUUGAAUAUGAAAAUCUGCCUAUUUGUUUUGGAUUAAGGGAAUUUGCCUUGAUGACCGGACUAUGGUGUCACCCCUUUCCUUCUGGAGAGGCAUUGGCUAGUCGGCUAAAGAAGGGUGAACCAUUGUGGGCAUUUGUUUCCAAGGAAGGAAAAACUGUUACUGCUAACUUCCUCCUUGAAAAGAUCAAAUCACCUGAAACACCAAAAAAUUAUAAGUUUUCACUUGCCUUGGUUUGGUUCUAUCACUGCAUUCUAUGUGCAAGAGAUAUAUCAUCAGAUGUUGAUGCCGACACGACCAAGCUAGCUUGCAAGCCCUCUGUCUUCAACGAAUAUCCAUGGGGUCUCAAAAACUAUCUUUUGACUAUUGAGUAUCUUGCAAAACCAAUAAAAUCUGAAUACAACCUCUACGGCUUCCGGUGGGCAUUCCUGGCUUGGGCUUUUGAAGCUAUUCCAAAACUUCAACGAAAUGCUAAGAAUGUUCCCCCUAAGAGGACAUUGCCACGUAUACUAAGGUGGAUGUUGUAUGGAAGCCUAAAAAAAUCUACAGAUCCAUUCAGUACCACUGAUAAAAAAGUAGUGCACCCUUUCCUGAUUUCUACAAAUGUAGAAAAAAGGGAAAAAUACAUGAAGGACCUUGAGCCAUUUUCCAGUAAGAAAGCUGACGAAAAAAUUGAUAUGUUAAAAGAAGAAUUGGUUAAGGUGAAAACCAUCACAACAGGUGAAGUAGGAGCUAGGUAGGUUGGUGGUGAGGAUAGGAUCCCAGUAAGGAGCGGGGCUGAUAAAAGGAGCCCACUAAGGGGUGGGGGUGGGGGUGCGAAAAUAAAUACUACAAGAGGCACGGAUGACGAAAGGAACCCGCGGAGCCCUUUAAUGAAUUAUGGUGACAGAUUUGCUGGUAGUCUAGUCAACUAUGAUUUUGGUAGUCAGUAUAGUGAAAGAGGAGUUGGUAGAGGAUCUUUUGGUGUUUGUCCUUCAAAUGUGAAGUGCUCCUGUGAAUGUCUCACCUGUGCGGAGAAACAAAGACAAUUGGAACUGAAAAUUUCUAAAAUGGAGGAGGAGUUCAAAGAAAUGGGGAAGUCUAUCAAACAACUUAUUGAAGAAUUAUCUACUUUGACUAAAAAACUCGAGCCUAGGAGGAUGUUAAGGAAUUCCAAAUACAUAAGAACUCUAUUUACUGCUGGUGCACGUAAAACGAAGAAGAGGAUAAGUGUGAAAAAUCUACUGUCUAAUAUUUACAAGCCUCUUGACAUUGAUAAGAGAAAGGAAAGAAUGGAACCAUAAACUAGGGAUGUUUUUGUUGGGAUAAUUUAUGUUGAAAAUUUUGUGGUGGAUCUUUUUGUUGGACUAUUUCUUGAUGUGGAAGUAUGAUGACUAUUUAUGGAUAACUUGUAGAAUAUGCUAUGGACAUACAAAAAAAUUCUUGCUAUAUUGGCCGUCUUUUUUAUGAUGUUUAUGUAUGGUUGUUUACUAAAACGACAUGAUGUUGUUUAACAGUUUCAGUGGUUGCUUAAACAUUCAGUGAUUGCUUAAACAUUCAGUCUUUUUAUGA